UCCGUCCCCCACGCACGGGAAAGUACGCGUCCAGCUCACACUGCCUCUGCCACCCUCAUCACUCUCCCCCCUUAAACCCUCGCACCACUCCUCUCACCCCCAAGCGCCGCCGCUCGCCGGCGGUGAGGCCCCUCUCUCCCGCCAUGUCCUCCUCCUCCGGUGCGCUGCCGCAGCCUCGCCGCACGCGCCCCGGUCCCUGGCCCCCGGCGCCGCCGCCGCAACCGCAGGCGCAGCCCCUCUCCUGGGCCAAGCGCACCGGCUUCCAGUCCCGCGUCUCCGGCGAGUCCACCUCCACCGCCUCUGCCCCCAACUCCGGACAGGCCCCGCUCCCCCGCCCCGCUGAGGCCCCUGCCGAUCUGGAGUCCGGCCCACCGGCCGGGCCCAACUCUGCCCUGCCGCCCCCUCCUGCCGCCGCAGUGACCAAUGCCAAGCCGCAGCAGGAGCAACAGCAACGACCGCCACCAGCGCCUCCCGCGAGGGUGCGGAGGAGGGAUUCAGAUGGUGGAAGGCCGAAUGGGCAGCCGGCUGCGGCGCCGCUUCCGCAGCUGCCGGAGGAGGAGGAUCCACCGGAGCGGCCGGCGCGCGUGAAGUACGAACUUCGUGACACUCCUGGAGCAUUUCCACUAGUGAUAUAUGGAUUCCAGCAUUACAUCUCCAUGCUCGGGUCGAUCAUCCUAGUCCCGCUUGUGAUUGUUCCUGCAAUGGGCGGCUCAGCUGAUGAUAUGGCAGCAGUGGUAUCGACGGUGCUGCUAGUGUCGGGGCUAACCACAUUGCUGCACACGCUCUUUGGAACGAGGCUGCCACUUGUGCAGGGACCAUCCUUUGUAUACCUUGCUCCUGCGCUUGCAAUUAUCAACUCCCCUGAAUUCUUCGGGCUCAAUGACAAUAACUUUAAGCACAUAAUGAAGCAUCUCCAGGGGGCUAUCAUAAUAGGAGGUGUAUUCCAAGUGCUGUUAGGAUAUACAGGCCUCAUGUCACUACUUUUAAGGUUGAUAAAUCCAGUUGUCGUCUCACCAACGGUUGCAGCUGUUGGGCUUUCAUUUUUCAGUUAUGGGUUCACUAAAGUAGGGUCAUGCAUAGAGAUUGGCGUCUUGCAAUUGAUGAUGGUCAUUAUCUUUGCACUAUACCUCCGAAAAAUAAAGUUAUUUGGGUACCGGGUGUUUCUGAUCUAUGCGGUUCCUCUUGGUCUAGGAAUCACAUGGGCUAUUGCUUUUGUUCUGACAGCAACUGGAGUUUAUAGCUACAAAGGUUGUGAUGCAAAUAUUCCCGCUUCAAACAAUGCAUCAGCCUUUUGCCGGAAGCAUGUAUUGAGGAUGAAAUCUUGCCGUGUGGACACCUCACAUGUCUUAAGAGCUUCUCCUUGGUUCCGGUUUCCUUAUCCGUUGCAAUGGGGCACUCCAGUUUUUAAUUGGAAAAUGGGCCUUGUGAUGUGUCUUGUAUCAGUUAUUGCAACAGUUGAUUCUGUUGGUUCCUACCAUGCAUCAUCUUUGUUUGUGGCCACAAGACCACCAACAGCUGGGAUUAUUAGCAGGGGUAUAGGCGUUGAAGGCGUCUCCACCGUCCUGGCUGGCUUAUGGGGAACGGGAGUUGGGUCGGCAACAAUAACAGAGAAUGUACAUACAAUUGCUGUGACUAAAAUGGGUAGCCGAAAGGCAGUUAGCUUCGGUGCUAUUGUACUCUUACUUCUGUCUCUUAUUGGAAAAUUUGGUGCCUUCAUUGCCUCAAUUCCAGAUGUUAUGGUUGCUGCUCUCCUUUGUUUCAUGUGGGCCAUGCUUUGCGCCCUUGGCUUAUCUAAUCUUCGAUAUAGUGCCACAGGAAGCUCCAGGAACAGUAUUGUAGUUGGGCUAGCGUUGUUCUUGUCCCUAUCAGUUCCUUCAUACUUUCAACAGUACGGAUUACAUCCUAAUACAAACUCAUCAGUUCCAACUUACUUUCAACCAUACACUGUGGCAUCACAUGGGCCUGUACGCACUGGAUCUGGUGGGGUAGACUAUGUCCUCAACACAUUACUGUCACUCAACAUGGUCAUUGCAUUUCUGGUUGCUCUUGUACUUGACAAUACUGUCCCUGGGGGGCGCCAAGAGCGGGGGUUGUAUGUAUGGUCAGAAGCAGAGGAGGCAUCAGGAGAAACAUCUUUCGUGAAAGACUAUGCACUUCCUUUUAAGAUAGGACGGGCAUUCAGGUGGGUAAAGUGCAUGGGUUUAUAGCACAUCAGCAGGGGCUGUAUGUUUGGUCAGAAGCAGAGGAGGCAACGAGAAAAACAUCUUUAAUGAAAGACUAUGCACUUCCUUUAAGAAAAGGAUGAGCAUUGAAGUCAGUAAAGUGCAUGGGCUUACAGCACAUCUGCAACUCCAGAGUUUGGAUUGAUUUCCUUGUGAAAUCCCAAGUGAAAGAAGUGGUUCGUCAUGUUUCAUGACAGACCGUCUGCGACUCCAGAGUUUGAUGAAUUGAUUUCCUAGCGAAAUCCCAAGCAAAAGAAAUGGCUUGUCAUGUUUCAUGACAUACCAUUUCCCAACCAAGUUAUUGAGUGUAUAUUCUGAAUCACUCUUUAGGUUAGUUACCCGGUCCUCCGCAAAUUUUCUGACUAUUAUUUAGACUACCGUGUAUUAUGACUGUCAGAUUUUGCUUUCGUGGUAUCUAGUAGCUAUAGCCUUAUAGGGAUAUGAUAUAUACAGGCGGUAAGUGAUCUGAGCUAAACCUGGACGCUGCCUCGUUUCUUUUCAGACUUGGAUUUAUAGGAAUGAGAUAUCUGACUUGUAACUUGGCUAAUACUAGUAAUCGCAUGUAUGCAGUAUACUUUUCCUAUCUCA